AUGAAUGAACUAUUCUUGGAAAGUGAAGAAUCAGAGUAUGAUGAACCUCCAUUAAAGAUACAAAAGACUGAAUAUGAAGAGCAUGAUAGUCGGGAUUUAGAUUCAGAUUCAGAUUUGGACUCCUUGAAUGACUCUGAUUUUGAAGAUAUAGUAUUACAACCUUUACAACAAUCGCAACAAAAUCAAGCAACAGAACAAGAAUUUAACAUCUCAAUUCAAUCCAUAGAUGAGGAAAAAAAAGAAAAGCUACGUCAGUUGAUAAGACUAAAACAACAGAGAGUAAGUUUGCAUUAUUUGAGUAUUGUGUCUUAUAUUAUUCAUGCAAGACAUCGAAACUUGCUUUUAUCAGAUAAAAGAGUUCACAAGGCAUUGAAGAAAUUAUUACCAGAGCAACUCAUGAAACAAUUCAAGAAAUACAAGAAACAACCUGAUGAUGUCAAAUUCAUUUAUAUUUUGAAAUAUUUGAUCAAAUGGUUCAAAAAAAACUUUAAAUGGGAUUCAAAUGGAUUGAGAGUUUUGGGAUAUUUACCCAAGAAAUAUAAGUCAACUGCUGAUUAUUUACCAAACAAUGCAAAAGCAAUAGGGAAGGUCAAUGAUUUAUUACAAGUAAUAAAGAAAUUCAGACAUAAUCGAGAUACUGGAGCUCAAAUUUUCACAGCUUUACUAAGAAGUUUAGGAUUUGAAGCUCGUCUUGUAUUUUCAUUACCAGUUUUAGAUACAAAGAAUCAAACAAAAUUGCAACCAAAGCUCAAUCAAGAAGUUGUUAAAGUAAAUAAGGACAAUGAUUUGUUGUAUCCAUAUUUUUGGACUGAAGUUGUUAACCCAGAAGAUCCUUCUGAAGUAAUCGUUUUAGAAACUCAAUGCUUUUUUGAAGAAACCAAGCAAUUAAUUCGAUUGAAGAGGUAUAAAGGGGAUGUUAAAAAUUCAUAUACCGAUGCUUUUUAUCCAAUUGAUAGUCAGCUAUGUCACAUGUCAAUGCAUUACGUACUAGCUUUUACCGAUAAUAAUAUGAUAAUCGAUGUAAGCUCAAGAUAUAUGAAAAACAUAGCCUAUAGAUGGUUUAAUAGAUUAGAUUUAAGAACAGAAUUGGGAAGAGCAGCCUUGCUACUACAAUCACUCAUACGUACAAUGAAUGCAACGAAGCAUUAUAAUGAGCAAUUGAAUUUAGAGUUGGAUAAUUUACGUUCAAUAGCAAUGGCGAAUAAUACAAUACCUGAAACAUAUUCAGCUAUGAAAAAAAGUCCAAAUUUUAUAACGCCAUCCACUUUAAGGUAUAAUGAAAUAAUCAUUCCUGGAACUGUUCCGAUCAAAAAAAUAAAAUUAAACACAUCAAAAGAGCCUGUUUAUUUCAAAAAUUAUAUACUUGUUGGUAAAUCUGAACAACAAUGGAAAUUUGUUGGAAGAUCUAUAAAACCAGAUCAAAUUGAUCUGUACAUAAAGCUAGCGAAAGCAACACCUCGAACUAUAUAUAAUAAAAGGGUUUUUAAUUUAAAUAAUGAGACUAAUCCAGAGUUAAACUCAAUAAAAUUGUAUUCUUUUGCUCAAACGUGUCCAUAUAUUAAAUUGAAAGUUGAAAAUGGAAAACUACCCAAAAACAAGUACGGUAAUAUAGAAAUAUUUAGACCAAAUAUGGUACCUGAUGAAUGUGUUUGGUUAAGAUUAUCAAAUAUAGAAUCUAUUUUACUGAGAACACUUGCACAUUAUGUUCCAGUAGUUGUGGGGUUUAAAUUUAAAUCAGGACAUGCUUUUCCUAGGAAGGAUGGAGUAAUUGUUUUAAAAAAAGAUGAAGUGCCAAUCAAGAAGCUAUGGUUAACUGGAAAAAUUGAAGAACACAAACAGUUGGAAGAGCAUAAGCAAAUUCAACUAUUGAAGUCUUGGAAGUCAUUUUUAAAAAUGUUGAAAAUUCAGAAUCGACUCAAUGAACAACAUGGUUACUUAUAA